AUGCUCAAGAACAUGACCGCCUUCCACAUCCAGACCAUCAUCUCAUCUGUGGAUUUCAUACAGCCAGGCACGCUCACUGCAGUCUCUCCCUUCCUCCCAUCAUCUCCCCCAACACAAGGACCCUCCACCCCCCCCGACCCUGCUCCGUGCUCCCCUUUCCGUGGUCCCACCACGUCUGCGGAGUGGGUGCCGGCUCCCUCCCCCAGGGGUGGGAGUGAGGAGCUGGGAGACGCACUCGACAAGCCCCUGGAGAGCGAUGCGGAGGGCGUCUGGAGCCCCGACAUCGAGCAGAGCUUCCAUGAGGCCCUGGCCAUCUACCCGCCCUGCGGCCGCAGGAAGAUCAUCCUCUCUGACGAGGGCAAGAUGUACGGACGAAACGAGUUGAUCGCACGGUACAUCAAACUUCGCACAGGGAAGACACGGACCAGGAAGCAGGUAUCUAGUCACAUCCAGGUUCUGGCCCGGCGGAAAGCCAGGGAGAUCCAGGUGAAGCUGAAGGACCAGGUUGCCAAAGACAAGGCCCUGCAUAGUAUGGCCACUAUGUCCUCAGCCCAGAUCCUCUCACCCACGGCUUUCCAGAACAAGAUGGCUCUCCAGGGCCUGUCGAGGCCGCCUUAUCCCACUCCUGGUGGGUUUUGGCACGGGGCACUUCCAGGACAGCCGGUUGGCCACGAAGACAUUAAGCCCUUCUCCCAGCAGAGUUACGCCAUGCAAGCAUCCGGCCCGACCCCUAUAACAGGUUAUGAAAGCACAGCAGGGCUGUCAAUGUCUCCCGGUGCCCCCCCCUGGCAGGGUAGAUGUAUCGCCAGCUCCAAGCUGCGAAUGCUGGAGUUCUCCGCCUUCCUCGAGCAACCUCAGGACCCAGAGAAUUUCAACAAGCACCUGUUUGUCCACAUCGGCCAGUCCAACCCGAGCUACAGCGACGCUUAUCUGGAGUCUGUUGACGUCAGGCAGAUCUACGACAAGUUCCCAGAGAAGAAAGGAGGCCUGAAGGACCUGUUCGACAAAGGGCCUCACAACGCUUUCUUUCUCGUCAAGUUCUGGGCGGACCUCAGCAUAAACCUGCAGGACGACAGCAGCUUCUUCUACGGUGUUUCCAGUCAGUAUGAGAGCUCCGAGAACAUGAUUAUCACCUCGUCCACCAAAGUCUGCUCCUUUGGCAAGCAGGUGGUGGAGAAAGUGGAGACGGAGUAUGCGCGUUUUGAGAAUGGACGCUACGUGUUUCGAAUCCACCGUUCCCCUUUAUGUGAAUAUAUGAUCAACUUUAUCCACAAGCUUAAACACCUGCCGGAGAAGUACAUGAUGAACAGCGUACUGGAGAACUUCACUAUCCUACAGGUGGUGACUAACCGGGACACACUGGAAACCCUCCUGUGCAUAGCCUACGUCUUCGAGGUGUCCACCAGUGAGCACGGCGCCCAGCAUCAUAUUUACAGGCUAGUCAAAGACUGCUAGAAGUCUCACAGUUGGAACUUACCUGCAUCUCGAACCCGUUGCAGCACCUCGGUGAGCAACAACUCUAAACAAUGGACUACUUCCUGCGUCAGCUUACAGCUGAAACCACACAACUCGGUGAGAAGCCCCGGGGACACUACUACUGCUGAGGGAGAGGUGGAUUUGGGAUUGUGGAAGCUGAAACAGGCUCUGUGUGGAAAAAGUGCUGGCAAAUAAAAAAAAAUAGAUAUAAAAAAGAAGAGGACCAUGAUGCGCUGUGGUCUCUAUGCCAAAGGAGCCAAACAAGACCUGCAUGAGAAGGUUUGUCAUUGGUGGUGUUUUUUCAUCUCAUUUUACUAGUGCUUGUUUGUUUUUUUUGAAUUUUAAAUUAUUUUAAACACAUGCAUGUGCAGGGGACGUUCGCUACAGAGGACUUUGGCUGCCUCAGGGUGCCACCUAGUGACUUAAAUAAAAAUGACAAUGGGGGAAAAAUAAUACAAGUAGGCUGAGAAUCCCUCCUUUGCACAUCCAUAAAAUAUCAAUGUUUUUGUGCCAAUAGUUUGUGUUAUUUUAGGAAUUAUGUACAGUGCCGUAUCCAUCUCCUCUAACCAGAGUUAUGCAGAUAAGAGGCUAAAAUGAUUUAAAAGAGCUUUUGCAUUCACUUUGUUUGAUGUUUAAUGUUACAUGUCUCUUGUAUUGUCUUACUGUUUUUGAAAAUGAUCUGACUACAACCAAAAGGCACAUAAUAAUAACACUGCUAACUUGAACCAGACUUGGAUCUGUAAGCUGAUUACAGAGGUUGACUGUAACUGUAAGUUGCCCCUGAAGUGUCGGAUGAAAAUA